UGGGACGAGUCCUGGAAUUGACUUUUGCACCUAUCAGAAACGGUCGCUAACUAUGAGCAGAAAGGGAAGUUAAGAAGGCCAAUCGAGAACUGUCGUCGCUCCUUUCGAAUAUGGAGACGCCCAUGUCUCGCCUCGAUGUCCUCCAGAAGAAGUACACCGAGCUUCUUCAGGAGAUGAAGCGUACGGAACGUGACCACCAGAAGGCCAAGAAGCGUGGUGAUCAGCUGCAGAAGGAGAAAGAUGCGCAGCGGACUGAGCUCAACCGGGUCACGGCCAUGAAAGACAAGCUUGAGAAGAUAUCGCGGGAUUUCACCAAGGAGAAUAAACGGCUGAAGGAUGAGCUUCACAAACUUGAGACGACCGAAUCCAAGGCCCGCGAAGAGCUCCAUGAACGCUUGGAAAGACUGGUAGCUGAUGUUGACGACUGCAUUGCGGCACAGAACCUCCCCGAACCGCAAGGCCCCGUCGACAUGGAGUUGGACGAGUUAUUUCGACAAAAGUUCAAGUCUCUCAUUGAUCAAUACGAGUUGCGUGAACUGCAGUUCCAUUCACUCCUUCGUACAAAAGAGCUCGAAAUACAGUACCAGCAGGCGCGGUUGGAGCAACAGCGCAAGCAACAUGAGAUGGAGUCAUCUAAAUCGCACCAAUUGACAAGACAAGUCUCGACCUUUUCGCAAACUGAGACGGAGCUUCGUACCCAGUUGAAUAUCUACGUUGAGAAGUUCAAACAGGUUGAGGACACCUUGAACAACUCCAAUGAUUUGUUCCUGACCUUCAGGAAGGAGAUGGAAGAAAUGUCCAAGAAGACCAAGCGCCUCGAAAAGGAAAACCAGCAGCUCACUCGCAACAAAGAGGUGACCAAUCGCAACAUAGGGGAGAUGGUGGAGGAAAGAACGAGGAUGCAGGAGGCGCUCGCGAAGAAGGACCGCGAAAUCGAAGAGCAGCGGAAGAAGAUCGUCCGAUUGGAAACGCUCUGUCGCGGCAUGCAAGCUCAGGGUCGUGGCCAAGUCCCGAUGCAAGAUCUAGAGGAAGAUGAGGACAUGACGGAGAGCGAAUACGACUACGAGGACGAGGAUGAGGAGGGUAGCUAUGACGACGAGACAGAAGAGGAGUUGGAGCCCGAACCGGCACGUCGUCCAUUUGGGCCCGUCCCUCCACCCCCGGCUCCGGAACAGAAUAUGGUAAACGGAAAAGCCAACGGUCAUAGGCAAGCCAAUGGCCAGGUCAACGGAGUCAAACGCUAGCAGCACGGGUGGAUUGGGCUGGUCUAUAGUCUAUCGCUAUAGGGACUACACCUCUCCAAACCCAGAACCGGAGCGGGUACAGGUGCGAAACAUCGCAAGUCCCAAUAGCAAGGCAACGGGUGCCUAUGCCGUUUCGCAUCAUGUACAUUACUCCCGUUUCUGAUCAAGCAAUGGCGUCCCGAGUACUGUUUGUUCAACUCCCUGACCUUAGACAUAUUGUUCUCGUCAGCUACAUUGCUCAGUGCUCACUCCAGGAAGGAAGAACAAGCAUUCACCGACUCCUGCUUG